CUUGCGGCAUUCGAUGCCAAAUUUCUCCUCCUUUCCCGCUCAUACUAUCCACCGAUAAACUAUCAAACAUCACAUAUCAUCAUUCUAGCAUUACUAGCGGUUGAAGAUCGAUGCCACGCCACGUCCCAAGAUGGACGAGUUGAACAGGUUUCUCUACCGCCUUUGCUUCUUCUGCGCUGUCUUGGUGCCCUCCAUGGUAGCAAUCACUCGUCAACUCUCGGUCAAUGCAUUCUGGAUAGCCUUGUUUCUGGUGCUGCCCUCUUUGUCCUGGCUUGCCGGCGAGGCGUCUCCCGGUUGGGUUGUGUGCGAGAGCGGCAUUGCCAUCGUCUUGCGCGACAAGCUGCAGUUCAUACAACUGGAUAAUCUUGGCUGGUGGAUCGGGUUCAACCUAAUGUCCGCCCUUCUAUUCCGCAGUCUUGCUCCGAGCUUUCCCAUCAGCUGGCAGCUUGUUGUCGUGGGCCUGACUCUUGUUUCGGGUAUGGCAAUACGUCCGGAGCGGUCGUUGCUGGGCUUCUUUUUGUGGAUUCCCUCGUUAGGUUUUCUCUUGUUGCCAGCUACGUUUCUGUAUUUCAGUCUUGCCUUGCAUCCAGAAAGACACAUCUUCCCCUAUGUCGUGCUUGGCCGGCAGUGGAAGCUCAGUCCGCCAAGGUCAUACCCGAUCAGCGUGCGCCCUGAUGUCGGGGACACACUCUGCGAGCGUUGCAAGCAACUGACGACCAAGUCAAAGCUGAUUAUGGGUUCUCGCUUCUUUCCAUUUGUCCGAUCGGAAGAGUGGCAUGAUUUCUGGCCGUCUUUCGAAGAUCUACGCCACUCGGCCUUCAGCGGGCGGCCAGCUUGCCACGUCUGCUGUAUACUGUGGUCCUCGUGCAGCGAACAGCGCCGGAGACAGAUUAUCUGGGGACGGCGAUGGCUUUGGCUGCACUUUGCUCGAAAGGCCCGACGGAUUGCCGCACAACAACGGCCUCGCUCGCCAUUUGUAUUGCAGGAUAUUGCAGAGCUUUCUCAGCCGAGGCCCUUCUGUCUGAAAGUGAAGAUCUGGGACGAGGCACCGGGUUUGCCAUACCUUAGUGCCCAACUCUUUCGGGACGACACACCCAUUGGCUCUCGCCUUGUUAUUGACGGCAACGAUUGGCCCGGCACAGUAUCUUCGGUUCGUGACUCCACCUCGACCAGCUCUGAUCACCAUAUCAUCCUGGCCAAGCAGUGGCUACAGCACUGUCAAAUGUAUCACCCUGCGUGCAAGGCACAGGGGAAAUUCCAACGAGAGCCGCCGACAAGGCUUAUAUGCAUCACCGCACCGGGAGAAUUGGGAGGCAAUACCUUUCCAGUCAUCCGGCUCGUGGUGGCUAAGAACCCCAGCACCGAGUAUGUGGCCUUCAGUCACUGCUGGGGAGGCAGCCAGCCAUUCAAGCUUCUCCAGGCCAACUACCACGACUGCCUUUUCAACAUCGACUUUGACCACUUGUCCCGAAACUGCCAGGAUGCCGUGCGCAUCACCCUGGCACUCGGCUACUCUUAUCUCUGGAUUGACUCUCUCUGCAUCAUACAGGAUUCCAAAGCCGACUGGAAAACGCAGGCGGCCAAGAUGGGCGACGUCUAUGACCUGGCCGUGUGCACAAUCGCGUCGACGGGCUCCUCGUCGGGCGACGGCGGAUGUUUCCAUCAAAGAGACCCUCGCAGCCUGCGGCCCUGCAAAAUCGCUACUUCAUCACGAGACCAACUGUUGCCCAAGUGGACCUGCCUGCGCCGUGAGGGUGUCUCUGCCUUUGUCCGUGGCGUCGACCGAUCCCCCUUGAACAAGAGAGCCUGGGUGUUCCAGGAGCGCUUGCUUUCUCACCGGAUCCUGCAUUUUGGCGACGACAUGUUGUUUUGGGAGUGUCGACAGCGGGUGGCUUCCGAGCUUGACCAGGAUGGCUAUGUCUAUAGGCGGUUUCCCCAGGACUUCAAGGACAACUACACAUUCCUAAGCAACAAGCAGCUCUUGCUAGGAGUGCUCUGGAAAUUCCCAUCCAAGGAUGAGAUACAACAAUUGUCGAAAGAAACCGUUACCGCGUUACAAGAACGUCUCCCUCUGCCAGAGCUAGACCCAGACGACUUUGUCGUAUCUCGCACAACCCACCAAGAUCCCCGAGCGUCUCAGAAGCAUUUCCUCAAACGCGCAAACGACUCUUGGAGAGGUUGGGAAGAGGACGGUGAGCGGCAGGGGAACUCCGGAUUCCGGUACGCGUUCCAGAGACUGCUGGAUCACAAGUUUCUCGGCGACGAGACAGGGGCGGAUAGCUUUACGCACUGUUGGUACCAGAUUGUACAGCUCUACUCCAGGGGAAACCUGACGUUUCCAACCGACAAGCUAGUUGCCAUAUCCGGCAUUGUGCGCAAAAUCGAGACGGUCACGGGCUGCGAGUACCUGGCCGGCCUGUGGAAAGAAAGCCUGAUAACGGAUUUGCUCUGGUUCGCUGCUGAACAGCCCAGACGCCGACUGAUUGCCGCCCAAGUUGAGGGCUCUGCAAAAGCAGCAUCUUCGCACCCUGCUCCCGGUAAACAAUCUGGCCGACAGAUCCCUAAUCUUAUUGCUCCCACCUGGUCAUGGGCAUCGCUCGAGGGCCCGGUGGCCACGGAACUUGUCCCGCAAAACACGCGCACCAAUCUGCGAUGGCACAGGCUGGCCUCUUUGGUCGACGUCAAGACCGGAAUCACGGAGCUGGAGACGCCGGCGGCCGGCCGAGUUGACAUAACAACAGGCGUUUUGCAUUUGUCUGGACCACUGUGCAAGAUCCUCAGAUCCUGGUUCGAUCUGAAAAUGAUGUGCUGGCGUAUCGAGGCCGACGAUGGCCGACAAUCAGUCUCGGCCAUGCUCCGGCCGGAUAUUUCCAUGGACGAAGAUAACCUCAGCCUGGACCCUGACCUGUUCUGUCUGCCCUGUUUGGCUGCCAUUCACGAAGAGCGAGGGCAACCGCGGGAUUCUGCGCUUGAGGAAGUCCAGGGGCUGGUGUUACGGCGGGUAGGGGGAAGGUCGAGGGGCGCGGAUAAUGUCUUUCUCCGAGUUGGAUUUUUCACCACGGGCCUGCUAGAUAGGGACUCUUCUGGUGGUAUGUUUAGGCACACUCUUAUGACGGUAGUGUGUAUUAUGUAGAUUGUUGUACUUGAGGGAUGUGGCUUGCCUCAUCCCUUGACGCCAAUGCACAUGACACUGUCUCGCUAC